UAACCACUUGCAGUAUCAUUCUGAUUUCUCUCUUCACUCCAGGGCUCCUCUGAAGAUGAACUCCUCUGAGGCGGACAGUGUGCAGGUGAAUGCCACCUCACAUCCGCUCUGGUACCUGUACCCGGUGUGUGAAGCUGAACCUUUCGCAUUUGUCUUCUACUACGGCGUUAAAGUGCUCAACCUGGUGGUGGGCACUCCCUGUAACCUGCUGGUCAUCUGGCACAUCGCGUCCAGGAAGAGCGAUGCGUCCACCUCCGACAUCUUCAUCUUAAACCUGGCCGUACUGGAUGCCUACUUCUGCCUCAUGACGCCCAUUGACCUAGUUAACCGACUGCUGCUGGGCAACGGGCGCAUCUGGAGCUUCCAGCGCUUCGCCUACGGGGUCAAGGACUCAGCCCCACUCUUCCUCGUGUGCAUCUGCCUGGACCGGUACAUGGCUGUGGUGCACCCGGUCGUCUUCAGCCGUGUGCGGGACAAUAAGCUGCGUGUGCUGGUGUCUGUGCUGGUGUGGGGGCUGGUGCUGAGCUACGGCCUGGCCAAGAGCCUGGUAUAUAACUUCCUGGUGCAGUUUGAGCUCUUCACUGCCAUCAUCCUGUUAGCCUUUGGCGUCAUGCUCUUCUCUAACGUGUCCAUCAUCUGGGUGCUGCGGCGCUCGGUGGCGGGGAAGGAGGAGAUGCACCCAGUGAAGAAGAGGGCUUUCCGCAUGGUCCUCAUCAUCCUGGCUAUCAUUGUGGUCAACUACCUGCCCCCCGUGGCCCUGAUGCCCUUCGCCUCACGAUACAGCUUCAUCGAGUACCACUGUAAGAUCGUCUUGAGUGUCUACCUCAUCAUGGACCUGAGCAGCAGCAUUGAGCCGCUCGUCUACAUCACCAAGAUGGAGGGGGCUGUCUGUUGCGGGCACCAGACCAAGGGCCCCGAUGCGCCCACGACUGGCUAAGCCCAGACUUCAAACCAGGAGCUGAGGGCGUUCUCUGUGGUCGGCCCAAGAUCAUGGAUAGGUCCUCUGGGGCAGUACUGCGGGGGACACUGCUCU